AACUUUAUAAAGAGAGUAGCACUUAUAAGAAUAUUUUUCAGCCAUUACAUGAAACAUAAAUCAAGGUUAGAUAAGAAGCUCCUGAAGAGCAAUGACUUCAACAAUGCUCAAAAUUUUGAUGGCUCUGCUCCUUUUGUCUCUAUCUUUUCAAGCAUAUGGACAAUUUGAGGAAUGGUGCAUAGCAGAUGAGCAGACCCCAGAUGACGAGUUACAGAGGGCCAUGGAGUGGGCUUGUGGAAAGGGUGGAGCAGAUUGCAGCAAGAUACAAGUGAAUCAACCCUGUUACCUUCCAAAUACCUUGAAGGACCAUGCCUCUUAUGCUUUCAACAACUACUAUCAAAGGUUCAAAAACAAAGGAGGCUCUUGCUAUUUCAAUUCUGCUGCAAUCACCACUGAUCUUGACCCAAGUCAUGGCUCAUGCAAGUAUGAGAUUGUUCCUUGAAUAAAGUUUGAAGUAACAUAUUUUCUUACAUCAAAGACAGUAAGACCAUAUUUUGCGGUUGAACUUUGGAGGGAGUAAAGGAGUCGGUGCUUUUUUCUGUCCACGUUUCUUAAAUUCUUAUUGUUCCAUCUCUUGAUGUCAAAGUAAAACUGUACCGUGGCGAAAUGACGUUGAAUUCUUCUAUUUCUGUAGUUUAAAUGAUCAAAUUAUAAUUUCUCUCUUUUUAUAAUAAUGAGAUUUUUUUAAUUUUACA